AUGACAAUAUAUAUCCUGAAGCUUCUCGACAUGGCUACCUUAAGCAGGGUUGCUCUGGUCUCAAAAACUUGGAAUCAAUUCACAACAGAUAAUGAGCUCUGGAAAAAUAUAUUCCUUCAUCAUCAACGCUGGAAGAUUAAGUCACUUCCAGUAACUCACACAUAUCUACCAGAUACAUCCCAAAACAAAGACACAGCAGAAUUAUCAGCCACUACUGCUGCACGCGUAAGUCCCGGAUUGGAUUGGAAACAUCUUUGCCAUGACCGUAAAAUACUGGAAACUCGUUGGCAAUCCGUUCCUGCAAUGACCAAACUCAGUGGACACGAUGACAGUGUUUACUGUAUCCAGUUCGAUAGCACCAAGAUUGUAACAGGAUCCAGAGAUCGUACAAUUAAGUUUUGGGAUGCAACAACAUUGAAAUGUACCGAUACUCUCCGUGGCCAUUCGCAGUCUGUUCUUUGUUUACAGUUUAACGAUAAGAUUAUGGUUUCAGGAUCCUCUGACAAUAGCAUCAUUGUCUGGAACAUGGAAACACGUCAACCUAUAUCAACGCUAUAUGGUCAUGAAGCCGGAGUACUCGAUGUAUGUUUUGAUGAAAAAUAUAUCGUGAGCUGCUCUAAAGACACAUCUAUCAAGAUAUGGGACGUUGAAACCAAGGCUUUAUUAAGGAGUUUAAGGGGUCAUCGCGGUCCUGUAAAUGCGAUCCAGCUACAUAAAGGCCAAGUUGUCUCUGCUUCUGGUGACGGGUUGGUCAAGCUAUGGGAUGUAGCUACCGGCUCGUGUGUGCGUGAUUUUGUUGGGCAUGAGCGGGGCUUGGCCUGUGUUCAAUUCAAUGGCGAAACGAUCGUGUCAGGAUCAAAUGAUAGGACGAUUCGAAUAUGGGAAGCUGCAACAGGUAGAUGCAUAAGAGUUUUAUCAGGACAUGAAAACUUGGUACGAACAUUGCACUUUGAUCAGAAUAGGGUUGUCAGUGGAAGCUACGACCAAACAGUCAAAGUGUGGGAUAUGACCACGGGUGAAUGUACCUUGGAUCUCAAUAACGGGCACGUCAGUUGGGUGUUUGACGUUCAAUUUUCACCCACCCGCAUCAUCAGCACGUCUCAAGAUCGGAAUAUUGUCGUUUGGGACUUUGGGGUUGACCUAGACGCCGAUCUAUUUGCAUAA